GGGGAUGGAGCACUGGAAGGAUCACAGAGGGAUUGAAGUGGAACAGGGAGAUAUGGGGUGGAAAGGAGAGAUUGAGGGCACAGACACACUGAGGGGCAGAGGAUCUGGAGUGGGACAGGACACUGGGUGUACAGACUGGGGACACAGAGCCACUGGGGACAACGAGGACGUCGGGUGGCACUGAGGGCAGUGGGCACAUGGCCCCCACCCACCACACCAACCCAUCCCACAGUGCUGGCGAAGGCAGCCCCAGAUCCCAGCGUGGCAGCAGCGAUGCCAGGGCGCUGCGGGAGCAGGGCGGACCCCCCCACCAACAGCACAGCCCCACGAGGACGCAUCAUGGGCGGCAGUGAGGCUCGGCGUGGGGCUUGGCCGUGGCUGGUGUCGGUGCGGCUGCACGGGGAGCUGGUGUGCGGUGGGGUGCUGGUGAGCCACGCGUGGGCACUCACUGCCGCCCACUGCUUCAACGGGAACCAGAAUGAGUUGGCGUGGACGGUGGUGGUGGGUGACUAUGAACUGGGCAAGGUGGACCCCGGGGAGCGGGCAGUGCCCGUGCGGCGCAUCGUGCCUCACCCCAAGUUCAACCCCAAGACGUUUCAUGGGGAUCUGGCGCUGCUGGAGCUGGCAGAGCCACUGGCUCCGUUGGGCACCGUGAGCCCCGUGUGCCUGCCCAGCGGUACCACCGAGCCCAGCCCCGGCACCCCCUGCCACAUCGCAGGGUGGGGGUCCCUGUAUGAAGAGGGGCCAUCAGCCGAGGUGGUGAUGGAGGCACAGGUGCCUCUGCUCAGCCAGGAGACGUGCCGUGCAGCCCUGGGCAGAGAGCUGCUCACCAGCACCAUGUUCUGUGCCGGGUAUCUGUCCGGGGGCAUCGAUUCCUGCCAGGGUGACUCGGGUGGUCCGCUGGUGUGCCAGGACCCCUCCUCACAGGACUUUGUCCUCUAUGGCAUCACCUCGUGGGGUGACGGCUGUGGUGAGCGGGGAAAACCGGGUGUCUACACUCGUGUGGCUGCCUUUGCCGACUGGCUCAGCCUGCAGAUGGACCCUGUUCCUGGCAGCCGGGAACCAAGCUGCUUUGACCUGCUGGCCCUGUCCCAGCUGCCCCCCGAGCAGCAGCCUCUCGAGCGUACCCGUCUCUGCUCCUUCUAUGUGGGGUCCUGCCGGGCCUCCCCAAGCCGAGCCAGCUGCACCCACCUUGCUGAUGAGACUUGUCGUGCCCGGAUGAGGCGAUGUGAGCUGCACUCCUAUGCCCAGACCCUGGUGGGUCUCCUGCGCCAGGCUGGGGACUUCAUCCGAAAUCAGCUCGACUUCUCCUUCCUCACCCGCACCUUGCCCCAGCUCCUGGGCAAGAUCUACGGGCACCUCUUCCCUGUCCGCGUCCGUAGGGAUGCCCCAGACUCAGCGAUGACCGAGCACUCUGCAUCUGAGGGACCCACGAGACCCCCCCACAGGCAGCUGCCCACCUUCAGGGAGAUUUUUGGGUCCGUGGGACCACGGCUGCAGGACUGGGUGCAGGCUCUGAGGACCACAGCGGGGGGCAGCACCCAGGUACCCACCCCAGACAGGGAGCAGUUCCCUGAGGAGACAUGGCUCUUCUUACAGCAGGGUGAGGAGCUGGUGGAGGAGCUGGUGGGACAGGGCAGAGCCUUCCUCACCCAGCUCAGGGCAGAGCUGGACCUUGACACCCCCUUGGAGGCUAUGCAGGCACCCGGAGAGCCAACUGGAGAGCUAAUCGAGAACCCUGUGCUGAACCGGUCAGUGCCAAGGGAGAAACGAGAGCUGGUGCCCACAAUGCCAGGGCUGGAGGAGGAGGGGGAGGAGGGAGGCACAGGCAGAGGUAAGCACCCUUCAGCACCUGUGCUAUGUGAUGCUAUGGGGAUGGUGACAAAUCCAGCCCCAGCACUGCACCCCAGCCCUGGGGUGCGCUGCAGAUCAGUGCCCCACACACCCCCUGACACCCACCCUCCAUCUCUCUCCUAUUUCCCCCCAGCUGCAGCUUGCCCUGGCCUCAAUGCCUCCGCACUGCGGGUUGGCGUGGUGCAGGAGCUCUACGCCUGGGUGCUGCAGGUCCCAGAGCCAGACCUGGCCAUGACCUUCCAGGAGAUCCUGGUGGACCUGAGCUCCAAAAACACCAAGGGGCUGUACCGGGCGCAGGUACGGGCCACAGUGGGCGGCCGGCCCACAGCUUUUGCUGGGCUGGUGGGGCUGGAGAGCGACUCGCUGGCACGCAGCAUGCCCGGCCUCGUGGCCUUGGCACUUGAGGCUCUGAAAACAUAGGGAUGUUGGCAGGCAAUGGGGAAAGACU